AUGAGCUUUUAUGUGAAGCUACUCCAGGUGUGCCUAUCAGAAAAAGUAAAAAAAAAAAAGAAAAGAAAAAAACACUGCAUGCAUGUGCCAACCUGCAGUACAUAAGCACCUGUACACACAACCUUGAAUCCUUAAAGGACCUCCAGCCAACCCACAUAUAAAGUCUGAUGUCAUGUUACAGUAGGGAUCUAAUUGCAUAAUAAACUGAGGACAUGCACUUAUUUAAGCCCCAGGAAAAACGUCUGAGUUUGCUUGAUGAACCAUUCAUUCAUUAAAGAUGGUUAAUAAUCAAACAGCUUUGCUGGUUACAUGUGACAUUUAAAAUGAUUUAAAGUUUAAAAGACUGAACAUCUAAUUUUCGUACUUUUGCAGACAUGGCAGUGCUGUGAUUUUUAUCUUUCUAGUCGAUGUCUGGAUCCUCAGCCUUGGCUUUUAAGAGAUGAGCACUUCGUAUAUCAAUGAGACUGUGGUUGAAAACUAUCGAGAUGCUUUCACCAAAGCUUUGUUCAAGAAUGUGAUUGUUGUGGUUCUCUGCAUCUCCAUUAACUACAUCAAUGUAGCACUUAUUCAGACUUUCUGCAAACACCAGAUUUUCUACAUGAAUCCACGGUACAUCCUGUUUUUCCACCUGGUACUUAACGAUAUGAUCCAAGUAACACUGACCGUCAUACUGUUUGUCAGCAGCUACAUCUUCUUCCAGAUAAAUGUCUCUGUCUGUUGUGUGCUCAUCCUGCUUGCUCUUUUUGCCACUGAAAACACCCCUCUGAAUCUGGCUUGCAUGGCAGUGGAGUGCUACAUUGCCAUCUGCAUCCCUCUUCGUCACGUCCAAAUCUGCACGGUCAAAAGGACGUUAAUGCUGAUUGGUUUAAUUUGGAUGACCAGCAUGCUGUCUGUUCUUCCUGAUCUCUUCAUCACCUUGGCCAUAGAACCACUGGAUUUCUAUCAUUCCCGUGUGUUUUGCCUCAGAGAAACAGUGUUUCGAAAUCCCCACAUCAUCAAGAAGAGAGAUAUCACCUAUAUAGUCUAUCUGGUUAUUGUCUGGUUUAUUAUCUUUUUUACGUACUUCAAAGUCCUGUUCACUGCAAAAACAGCAAGCCAAGAUGCUACAAAAGCCAGAAAUACAAUUAUUCUCCAUGGUUUUCAGGUGUUGUUGUGUAUGUCAAUAUAUGCUGAACCCCUACUGAAACAGGCCCUGCAGCAGUGGUUUCCCAAAAAUUAUUCAGAUUCCCUUUUUGCUUGUUACAUUAUUUUCCAGAUCCUGCCACGAGCAAUUAGUCCAAUAGUCUAUGGAGUAAGAGACAAAACUUACAGGAAGUACCUGAAAAGAUAUCUGUUGUGUAAAAUGAGUCCCUAAGAAAUAUGGACUCAUGGAGGCAGAUUUUUUUUUAACACAUUUUAUUUCACUAAUGACAUGUAGUGUUCAGGCAUUCAUAUCAAUACUUUUCUGGAACUUUAAAUCUAAUAAAGAUUAACGUAUACUCCAUAUUUUGAAG